AUGUGGAAAUACGCUGAAGUAGAAUCAAUUUCAUCUAAGCAAAAAUUUAUAGUAGAAACAAAGCAUAUCAAGAAUUUUGAUAAAUACAGUCAAGCGACAAAAAGUAAAUUGUAUUCUGUUGAGCAAUCAGGAAAAUAUGUAAGAUGUUUGAUAUUAAAAACUGCAAAUUCUAUGGAGGAUAUUAAAAAUCCCUGUUCGAGAUCACGACGACCUAAGCCAAAUUUAUCAUCACUUGAAGAGAAGUCUGACGACAGUGACGAAUCAAUUGAUUUAACUGCAGUUAAAAGAAAAAGAAAGGCGAAAGGACAAAAUGAUGCAAAGUCAAAAAAAGUAACGAAUGAAGAUAUAUUGAAAACAUACGCAAAACUACGUAAUUUCAAAAGCGAUAAUUUUCGACAAGUCAUUCCAGAAACUGAUGAUGAAGUAGAAGAUGACGGUAGUAGUAAUGAUGCAGUUGAUGAAGAUGAAAGUAACAACAGUGGACUUGAAGAUACUCUUGAACAAGAAGAUAUUUAUCAUGAAAAUGAAACAGGUGUUCGAAAUGAAAAUGAUGAAAAUACUUCGGAUGAGGAUCUAUUUGAAACACAACUUUCCAACGGACUAGCAUAUCCGGGGAGCCAUGAAGUAGAACAGGAUAACUUUAUUAAUUUAGCUUGA